GGGGAGCGGCAGCGGCCAGACGCACCGGCUGUGGGGCGCGCGGGCCGGCGCUUCCUGAAGCAGUCUCCACCUUCGCAUCCUGGGCGGGAGCGGUGAGGGGCGACCGCGGGCAGCCAGGGCUGCCUCGGAAGAAAGGAGAAUGGCGUUCAGCAAAGGAUUUCGGAUCUAUCACAAAUUGGAUCCUCCACCUUUCAGCCUCAUAGUGGAAACUAGACAUAAGGAAGAAUGUCUCAUGUUCGAGUCCGGGGCUGUAGCUGUGCUCUCAUCAGCAGAGAAAGAAGCAAUCAAGGGUACAUACUCCAAAGUUCUGGAUGCCUAUGGACUUUUAGGUGUUUUACGAUUAAAUCUUGGUGAUAUUAUGUUACAUUAUCUGGUCCUCGUCACUGGAUGUAUGUCUGUUGGAAAAAUUCAAGAAUCUGAAGUUUUCCGAGUUACUUCCACUGAAUUUAUAUCACUACGAAUCGAUUCUUCAGAUGAGGAUCGCGUUUCAGAAGUGCGAAAAGUGUUGAAUUCAGGAAACUUCUAUUUCGCAUGGUCCGCAUCUGGAGUCAGUUUGGAUCUGAGUCUUAAUGCCCAUCGUAGCAUGCAAGAACAUACAACCGAUAAUAGAUUUUUCUGGAAUCAGUCUUUGCACUUGCAUCUCAAGCACUACGGUGUGAAUUGCGAUGACUGGUUGUUACGCCUCAUGUGUGGGGGAGUAGAAGUCAGAACAAUUUAUGCUGCUCAUAAACAGGCAAAGGCUUGCCUCGUUUCCAGGCUAAGCUGUGAACGAGCUGGGACCAGGUUCAAUGUCCGGGGAACAAAUGAUGACGGUCACGUUGCCAAUUUUGUAGAAACAGAGCAGGUUGUGUACUUAGAUGACUGUGUUUCUUCCUUCAUACAAAUCCGGGGGUCUGUCCCAUUGUUCUGGGAGCAACCGGGGUUGCAGGUGGGAUCUCAUCGUGUUCGUAUGUCAAGGGGGUUUGAAGCCAAUGCACCUGCUUUUGACAGGCAUUUUAGAACACUUAAGAAUUUAUAUGGUAAACAAAUAAUAGUAAAUUUGCUUGGAUCUAAGGAAGGGGAACAUAUGCUAAGUAAGGCUUUCCAGAGUCAUUUGAAAGCUUCUGAACAUGCAACUGAUAUCCAGAUGGUGAAUUUUGACUAUCAUCAAAUGGUUAAAGGAGGAAAGGCAGAAAAAUUACAUAGUGUUCUUAAACCUCAAGUCCAGAAGUUUCUGGAUUAUGGAUUUUUUUAUUUCAAUGGAAGUGAAGUUCAAAGAUGCCAGAGUGGUACAGUGCGAACAAACUGCUUGGAUUGUCUUGAUAGAACAAAUAGUGUUCAGGCAUUCCUUGGCUUAGAGAUGCUAACUAAACAAUUGGAAGCUCUCGGCUUAGCUGAAAAGCCUCAGCUGGUGACUCGCUUCCAAGAAGUUUUUCGAUCAAUGUGGUCUGUGAAUGGUGAUUCAAUCAGUAAGAUUUAUGCAGGAACUGGAGCUCUUGAAGGAAAGGCUAAGGCUGGAAAGUUAAAAGAUGGUGCUCGUUCUGUUAGUAGAACAAUUCAGAAUAACUUCUUUGACAGCUCCAAGCAAGAGGCCAUUGAUGUUUUGCUACUGGGAAAUACUUUAAAUAGUGAUUUAGCUGACAAAGCUCGAGCCCUUUUAACUACUGGAAGUUUGCGUGCAUCUUCUAAAGUUCUAAAGAGCCUGUGUGAGAAUUUCUACAAGUAUUCAAAGCCCAAGAAAAUUCGAGUAUGUGUGGGCACCUGGAAUGUGAAUGGCGGGAAGCAGUUUCGCAGCAUAGCUUUUAAGAAUCAGACCCUCACUGACUGGCUUCUUGAUGCACCCAAGUUAGCUGGCAUCCAGGAGUUUCAAGAUAAAAGAAGUAAACCAACUGAUAUAUUUGCCAUUGGUUUUGAGGAAAUGGUAGAGUUGAAUGCUGGAAACAUUGUGAAUGCAAGCACAACAAAUCAGAAGCUCUGGGCCGUGGAACUUCAGAAGACCAUCUCCAGAGACAACAAGUAUGUGCUGCUAGCCUCCGAGCAGUUGGUGGGCGUCUGUCUGUUUGUUUUUAUCAGACCACAGCAUGCUCCGUUCAUCAGGGAUGUUGCAGUUGAUACUGUGAAGACUGGAAUGGGAGGCGCAACUGGAAAUAAGGGAGCGGUCGCAAUACGAAUGCUGUUCCACACCACAAGCCUCUGCUUCGUCUGCAGCCACUUUGCUGCAGGACAAUCGCAGGUCAAAGAACGAAAUGAAGAUUUUGUGGAAAUAGCGCGGAAGUUGAGUUUUCCAAUGGGGAGGAUGCUGUUCUCCCAUGACUACGUAUUUUGGUGUGGUGAUUUCAACUACCGAAUCGACCUUCCUAAUGAAGAAGUGAAAGAGCUCAUAAGACAGCAAAAUUGGGAUUCUCUUAUAGCCGGAGAUCAGCUUAUCAACCAGAAAAAUGCUGGACAGAUUUUUAGAGGAUUUUUAGAAGGAAAAGUAACCUUUGCUCCAACAUAUAAAUAUGAUUUGUUUUCUGAUGACUACGACACCAGUGAAAAGUGCCGCACCCCUGCCUGGACAGACCGCGUCCUCUGGAGAAGAAGGAAAUGGCCCUUUGAUAGAUCAGCUGAAGAUUUAGAUCUCCUAAAUGCUAGUUUCCAAGAUGGAAGCAAAAUCCUCUACACGUGGACUCCUGGCACUUUGCUGCACUACGGAAGGGCCGAGCUGAAGACUUCUGACCAUAGGCCUGUCGUUGCCCUGAUUGAUAUCGAUAUAUUUGAAGUGGAAGCUGAAGAGAGGCAGAACAUUUAUAAAGAAGUAAUUGCCGUUCAGGGUCCACCAGAUGGUACGGUGUUGGUCUCAAUCAAAAGUUCUCUACCAGAAAAUAAUUUUUUCGAUGAUGCUUUGAUUGAUGAACUUCUGCAACAGUUUACAAAUUUUGGUGAAGUUAUACUCAUAAGAUUUGUAGAAGAUAAAAUGUGGGUUACAUUUUUGGAGGGAAGCUCUGCCUUGAGUGUUCUGAGCCUGAAUGGUAAAGAGUUAUUGGGUCGGACUAUAACUAUUACUUUAAAGAGUCCAGACUGGAUCAAAACUUUGGAAGAAGAAAUGAGUUUAGAGAAAAUCAGCGUCCCCUUGCCGUCCUCAACAAGCUCCACCCUGCUGGGUGAAGACGCGGAGGUUGCGGCCGACUUCGACAUGGAAGGUGAUGUUGAUGACUACAGCGCUGAGGUAGAGGAACUCCUUCCUCAGCAUCUCCAGCCGUCUUCCAGUUCUGGCCUUGGCACUUCCCCAAGUUCUUCACCCCGGACCAGUCCCUGCCAGUCACCUACCAUAUCAGAGGGGCCUGUGCCUUCCCUUCCCGUGAGACCAAGUCGAGCUCCAUCAAGAACACCUGGGCAUCCAGCUUCACAAAGUUCUCCUGUUGACACUCAGCCCCUGGAGCCCAAGCGGCCCCCCCCUCCCCGCCCAGCUGCUCCUCCUGCGCGUCCAGCCCCCCCACAAAGACCGCCUCCGCCUGCAGCACCCAAAAGCCCUGGAACGACACGGAAAGAUAAUAUAGGACGCAAUCAGCCUUCACCUCAAACAGGACUCACAGGCCCAGGACCUGCUGGAUACAGUACAGCCAGACCGAUUAUUCCACCCCGUGCUGGAGUGAUCAGCGCCCCCCAGAGCCAUGCUCGGGUGUCUGCUGGAAGACUGACUCCUGAAAGCCAAAGCAAACCAUCAGAAGUACUGAAAGCUCUUCUUCCUGAACCGCUGAAGCCUCAGGCCGCCCCUCCUGUGCAGCCUUCUCUGGCCCCGCCGGUUCAGCAGAUGCGGGAGCCUCUGGUCCCGGUAGCCACACCCAUGCCUCAGUCUGCCCCGCAGCCGCCCCCUCGGAGCAGGUCGUCCCACAGCUUGCCUUCUGAGCCUACAGUGCAGCCGCAGGUAAAAACAAACGGGGUCUCCGCCAUCAGACUGGACUCGCCGUUAAAGACUGACCCAUUUGAAGACCUGUCAUUGAACCUGCUUGCUGUAUCAAAGGCUCAGCCAUCUGUUCAAACCCCAAACCCAAAGGGGUUGAUUCCAUUGCCUUCUGCAACCCCAAGUAACACGAAUACUUUGAGUUCUGUAAGCCGCAUGCCGACAAUACCUCCAAUUCCAGCCCGGAGUAAAUCCCAGGAAAACACGCGAUGUUCUCCAAACCCAUUCACUGAGAGCUCGAGCAGCACAAAUCCUUUCACCGACAGGACUGCCGCUCCCAGAAACCCCUUUAGAGCUGAAUCUCAAGAAUCAGAGGCCGCUUUGUGGUUCUCCGAAGAAGAGCCCGUUGCUCAGAGUCCUUUCCCUUCUCUGCAGCCUCUCAGACAGAACAGUAGCAGGCCUUCAUCUUCACUGGAUGGCUUUGAGGACAGUUUUGGUCCGCAGGGCCCACCUAAACUAAAAAGCAGCAACCCAAAAGGAUGGGUAACCUUCGAGGAAGAAGAGGACUUUGGUGUGACAGGAAAGUCAAGGCCCACUUGUCCAGACCUACUGGGUGAUCAGCCGAGUUCGUCUUCUGGCUCCAAGGUGACCUUCAGUGAUGACUGGAAUAAAGGUAGCAGUGUCUCUUUCUGUGUGUUGCCAGCAAGAAGACCACCUCCGCCGCCUGUCCCUCUCCUCCCACCUGGCACCACCCCUCCAGCAGACCCUUUCACAGCCUUGGCCUCUAAGGCAUCACCCACGCUAGACUUUACAGAAAGAUAAUGUUAUACAGUAGAAAGCAGUUGUUCUUAUAGUUUUGGCAGACUAGAGCCAAAAGAAUUGGGCAUUCGUUAUUCAUUAUGUGCAAUAAGUAAUUGUUAAGUGCACUGAUGUUGUCAUGAAAUACCACUAUUUAAUGUGUACAAAGUUGGAAUAUGUGUAUAUUGGAAAUAAGGAAAAAUCUUUCUCAUUAUUAACUGGAAUUUUGGUGUGUUUCUGUUUGGAUAAAUACGAGAGAGUAGAAGCCAUAAAAAGUGCUUGAAACUACGUUAGAAAAUAGUCCUUUUUCAGAAAUUCUUUGUCAGUCUCCUUCACAGAAUCUCAAAAAGCCCAAACAACUUCUAGCUGACGUUACUGCCAGCCCCUUUCGUACUUGUUAAAAAUUGGUAUUUAUAAGUAUUUACCAAAGAGCUGUCAAACUUAUACUGAAACAGAAUUUAGAAGGACCUUGCUUAAAGAAAAAAAAAAAAUACGUGUAUACACACACACACGCGCACACAAAUAUAUACACUUACAUAUUUGUAAAAUACAUAAUUUAAAUUCUAAAUCAGAGCAAAUUGUUACGUAAAAAUUCGAACAUAGUUCUUUCAAUAUUUCAUUAUCUAAAGGAUGGCUGAAAAUGAAAUUUGGACAUUUCAUUACUUUUCUUUCUAAAACUAGAAUGAUCUCACUAGGGAACCAGAAUCGACCACCGUUCCACACCCACCCCCAUCUGACACGCACACCGCGCACACCCUUGUUACGUGCCACUGCAGCACGUCCGCCAACUUUUCCGGGGGAGGAGCUUCUUGCAGCCGGAAGCGGCGUAGUGUGUGGUUACAGUCGGUUACGUGGACCGACACCCCCGGCCCUUUCAAAACACGCUGGCCCAGAAAGUCGGGAAAGCACGUGCCACCAAGCUCAGUGAAAAGCGUUAGAGCUCAACGUACGCGAAGGCGUCCGCUGCCCACGGCCCCCGCGCGCUUCUCUGGCCGCCUCCGCCCUGGAAGUGGUGAGCGAGCCACAGGCGCCGCCCGGGGCGGAACUGGGAUCUACUCUUUGUGUGUUCUCUCCCUCUCACGAACUACACGACACGUCUGUGAUGCUGCUUUACGUUUGUAGAGGCUACACCUCCAGUUAGCUGUGGAUUUCGUCUCCUGCACUGCCAAUAUGCAGCUGAUCCUGCUUUAAUUUUAUGAAGACGUACACAGAAUGUAUACGGAAUGUAGUAUUUUGAUACCAUUGAGUAAUCCUAAUCAGAAAACUCCUCGAUCAAUAGUUGUUUUGUUGUCAGUUUAAGAUUACCUUUACCCAUUAUAUUAACGUUCGUUUUAUACAAAGAGUUGUAUAUGUCGACCUAAGUUCCGUUGUCUGCAUUUAACCUUUAAAGAUGUGCAUUAGCGGAAUAUCAGAAAAAAGAGUUUCUGGCUAAGAAUAUGUAACAUGUAAAAGCACAGCAAACUGCAUUGCACUUAACCGCAUAAAGCAACUGUUAGGAAAAAAGCACUUUUCUAAAUACUCAAAUGUUAUCAGAAUACUAUGUUUAUAAAAGUAACCCUCUCUCUAUUAACAGCCAGGAUUUGCUGUUAGAAAUAACUCGUGAGUUUUAUAUUGUGCUUUUUGCGGGGGGGGGGGGGGUUCUAAUCAUUUCAGCAGUAGUAUAUUUUAAACAGCAGUAUUACUAUAGGCAGUGUGCUUCAAAAUGUGAAUUAACUUGUUGAAACUGUGGCUUUAACAUCUCUGUGAUUAGUAUAUAUGGUAUUCAAUAUUUGCUCCCCAUUAGCAAAAUAAUUCAUCAUAAACUUCACUAGUGCAGAUUGCAGUUCUGUGAGCAAUGUUUCCUAUUGAAUAUAAACUACUGUCUAAAAUAUACAUAUCAUGUAGCAGCUCAGCCUUUAUCAGGAAAUUCUACUUGGCAAGUUGCUGGAAAAGUACACAAAGUUAUGAAAGUUGAAGGUCUGCUGCAGAUAACUAGCCACUAUUCUGUGUAUUAUUAAAAUAUUUACCAGUUCUGUUAAAAGCAGAGCAGAAGCUAGACACUAAGGAUCUCUUUGUGAAUUCUUCAUUCUCUAUAGUAGAUUGCUGUUUAUAUGUAAGAAUUUUAUUGCUUAUGUGGCAUACAGUAUUUAUAACUAUAUACUUUAUAGAAGUACAGUAUUAAAGUCAGUGGUAUGUAAACCUCUGUACAUAUCCAGUGAAAUGUGCUCUCAUAU